UUCGCUCUCUCUCUCUCACAUUACAAACGGUGGGAGUGUAAUUCUCACUGUAACCACUUUUGUUUAUUUUAGGGCAAAACUCCGGCGAGGAGCCAAAGAAAGAAGACAACAAUUUCAAGUUUCUGUUUCUGUAGCAACGUUCUAUUUGUUGCUGUUGAAAGAUGGGAAAGACUCCAAGUCCUGGUAAAUGGAUUAAGUCUCUUCUUGGGAAGAAGUCAUCAAAGUCAAGUUUGGACAAAGGAACCGAGAAAUUGAGAUCUGCAAAGAAAGAAGAGCUUGUGGUGAAGGUGAAGGAUAAUAAUGUCUCAGACUUACCUACCAAUCCUCCGGUACUAGUUUCAUCACAAGAAGUUGCAGCUACACAAGCUGUAACAGUCCCAGAUGUUGUAGUCCCCGAGAAGCAGACAAACGAAGAGCCAAAUGCGAAUCUUGAGUCAGGGAAUGACACAGAAGAGCUCAAGCUUGAAGAAGCUGCUACAAAGGUUCAAGCUGCUGUCAGAUCUCAUCAGGCACGUGAAGAGUUUCAAAAGCUUAAAGGUAUCAUAAAGCUACAAGCAGUUAUCCGUGGUCACUUGGUUAGAAGACAAGUUGUUGCUACAUACUCGUGCAUUUGGGGGGUUGUGAAGUUACAAGCUCUUGUUCGUGGGAAGAAAGCUAGAUCUUCAGAGACCGGGGCUCAACUCCAGAGAACAAAACCGGAAACUGAGAGUUCUGAAACUUUGCGAGGAAGCACAUACAAAUGGCUUGAGAAUCCCACAAAGCUCUCCAUGAUUGAUAAGCUUCUAGUUUCGUCACCAACUGCAUUACCUCUGAAGAUUCAGUAUGGUUCUGAGGAUCCUAACUCAGCCAAAUUGUGGCUUGAGCGCUGGACACAAUUGCAGGUUUGGACUCCUCGUCCACUGGUGGUUAAGAUUGCGAAAUCUCAGACAAAGAAGCGAAGUUUUCAAGCAGUUGAAGCAGACAAGGGAAAACUUAAGAAAGGUAUCAAGAAACCACCCGGUGGUUUAAAGUCUAGCUCUAGUGGCCGUUCUACAGCUGAAAACGACAAGCCUAAGACAAAUGUGAAGAAGGCUUCUACGCUUGGUAAAGAGGUUUCAAGAAUCGAGAAUGAUAAGUCUAAUAAGCAGAACUCGAGAAAAAGUACAAGCGGUGUAAAGGAAGGGUCGUCAUUGGAGGUUAAGGACGAGAAGCCUAGAGUUAGUCUCAGAAAGGCUUCACUUUCCAAUGGGCUAGAGAAACCUGCACGCAAAUCUGCUGAGAAGAAGAAAGAGAUUGCAGAAACAGUGCAGAAAGAGUUGCCUGGUGACAAGGUUUCAGCUCCUGUAGAAGAAAAGGUGACAGAGAUUGCAGAUUCAGUGCAGAAAGAGUUGCCUGGUGACAAGGUUUCAGCUCCUGAAGCAGUUUUAAAAGAGGCUGAUUUUGAUAAAGAUGAGAAUUCACCGGUUCUUGAUACUCCAGUGCAAGAUGAAGUCGACAUCUCAGAGAAAAAUGACAAAGAUGAAGAAGAGAUUCAAGAGCCAGAUGUGCAGAUAAGCUCUGAGAAUGGUAACACUGCUUCUGAAAACACAAAGCCAAGCGAUAGAAGAGCUUCACUGCCUGCAAAAAUUGAGAAUCAUCAUCAAGAAGAUGGGGUAACGCAUAGCGGGAGAAAGAUCCCAAGCUACAUGGCUCCAACUGCAUCUGCAAAGGCAAGAGUAAGAGGACAAGGUUCUCCGAGGUUUGGUCAAGAGAAAAAUGGGAUAACAAGGCGCCACUCUCUUCCUACUGGAGCCAAUGGUAAGCUGAGUACAAUGUCUCCAAGAGCUCACAGACUUCUCAUUGCUUCAGCUAAAGGAUCAAUGAACAGUGACAGAUCUUUUUCUUCUUCCAAGGACAUUGGUGAUAAAUCGACGAAAGCUGAGUGGAAACGGUGAAUUACUUUUGAGGCAAUAGAGAAAGCAAAUCCAAAGAGUCAUCUUACACAGUUGAAAGAAGCUCUGAAACCUUUUUAAAUAAUUUUUAACUGUUUUCUUUGUAUGUUUUCUGUGUGUGUGUUUACUUUGGUUUGGUGUGGUGAGUCUUUGACAUGGUUCCUUUAGAUUUUCUAUAAGUGCUUUGUCUUCACAAACAAAAAAAAAGGUUUCUAGUAAAUACUCAAUCUUUUCCUAAAAUGACCAUAUUCU